CUGCCUGCGCGUGGCAUGGCGGGGUCUCAGUGUGGCUCUGCUCUUGUGUUCCAGGACUGUGAGGGCGAGACUCCGAUUCACAAGGCAGCUCGCUCCGGGAGCCUGGACUGCAUCAGCGCCCUGGUGGCCAGCGGGGCUCGUGUCGACCUGAGAAAUGCCAGUGGCCUGACGGCAGCGGACAUUGCUCAGACGCAGGGCUUCCAGGAGUGCACCCAGUUUCUCUUGAGCCUGCAGAACCGUCACCUGAGCCGCUUCUGCCAGGACGGCCUCUUGAAUGGGGGCCGUCAGGAGGUGCUUCCUCACCACGCUGGCGGGGGAGCAAAUCGGAAGAGGUGCUUGCAAGACCCGGAACCUGUGGGAGCGAAGAAAGCCAGGGCGGAAGCUCCGGGCCUGGACUGCGCCAUGCCGCUGGCGAACGGCGAGGCGGAAGACGAAGCGGACAGGAUGCACGUCGACAGAGAGGGUGGCGCCCUAACAGAUAUGAAAAACAGUAGCUCCGUAUCGAAUGUCUUGACAAACGGCUGUGUCAUCAGCGGACACUCGGACUUCCCCUCCACGGCCCAGCUCGGUGGCAUGGAAGGCAGGAGUGGCCCCUGCUCAGCGGGGCCGCCCGGGGUGAGCCCCGCGCUGGCGCCGGCCCGGCCGUUCGCCGGCGGCCAGGGCUCCGUGUGCGUGGACGGGAGCGAGGAGCCGGAGAGGAGCGGCAGCGCAGAGAUGUGCGGCUCCCUGCACCUCAACGGCAGCCCGAGCGGCUGCGUGGCCAGCAGGCCCUGCUGGGUGGAGGACCCCGAGGGGAACCUGCACUACGGACAUUACCACGGCUUCGGGGACACGGCCGAGAGCAUGCCCGAGCUGAACAGCGUGCUGGAGCACUCCGACUCCGUGAAGGUGGCGCAGCGCUACGACAGCGCCGUGCUGGGCACCAUGCACCUGUCCCACGGCUCCUAAGGCCGGGCCGGCGGCCGGCGCGCCGGGCCUCCGGGCAGCCAGCCCGCAGCACCAUUUCUUAUACUUUCCCUCUCUGAGCGGCAGCCUCUGGUUCCACAGGUUCCCCGCGCGUGCUUGCGCGGGCGCCAGUGUCGGCCGGGCCCGGGCGCGUCCCGACGUGCGCCCUCGGGGUCCGGGUUUCCUGGCGCCGGCCUCCACCGUUUCUCCUUACGCUGUCCCUGGUUCUCCUUUUGUCAAAGUCAGGGGUCGCUGCUGGAGGUCCCCAGAGGCCGGCGCCUGCUAGCCCAGCCCGCCGUGCCGGCGCCUGUGGCGUAGGUGACACACCGGGCCUCCCUGCGCGAGGUGCGGCCCCACCCGGGCUUCUCGGCGUGGUUGGUGUGAAGAAACACGACGCCUCUCUCCCAGUGUCGCUCACUGGGACCCUGAGCGCCCCGGGUCUGGGCGUGGGCGUGGGCCUGGUCCCGGGCUGCUGGCUGCGAUGCUGCCCGGGGCCGGGGCGGCUUCUGACUUGUUUCUCUGCCACUUUCCUCCUCGGUCCCUGGACCUCCUGCCACGGGGAACGGCCCCCUCGCGUGGUGGAAGUCCCUCCUGGUAGGAACUGUCAGGAGGAGAUACUUAACUGUUCUGACUUAACGCUUUCUUUUUCUCUUGUUUUGUUUGGGGCCUUUCUGCUCUGAAGUAUAUACCACUAUGUACGUCCAGUUACUGGCAGGAUUUUCUCUCUAAACUUGCAUUGAGUUCAUGGUUUUAUAGAAAUUCACUUUGUUUAGGCAACUAGUGGGCACACUGUGCAAAUAUUGUAAUGAAUUUUUACUUCUCUGGUUUUUGUAAUAAAAUCAGUGCCGAUAGAGAAAUGUCAGAUGGACAAACCAACGGUCUAGAAGUGUUGCUAGCAUUUUGUUUUAAAACUCCUUUAUGAACUGAAUAAAACCCGGUUAUUGCUUG